AUGAAUUCACAAAAUCUCAGUAGAUUGAAAAUGAUGAUUGUUAUUUCAAUUAUCUUGCUCCAGGGGUUGGUGUAAGGUUGCCCGUUUAAUGAUUAUGAAAAUUCAUUGCUUAGUGAAUACUACCCAAUACAAGAGACAAUAAUAGAGUAAAUGAGUCCUUCUUAAACGUUUGCCUUUUGGAGCUUCUCUAUUCCUCUAUGGAACGUAAAAAGCUACCCAUAAGUAGAAUGGCAAGCGACUACAGAUACAAGACUAUACUAAUUGAUGUUCUUGCUGAAGUCUCUUGAUGAUGAUAGAGUUGUGAUGUUCAUGUAUGCAGUGCUGGAUGAAUAUGAGAAUUCAGUAAUUCAUAAAUUAAGAGUGGAAGAAUUGGAUAGUUGGGGCUGGCCAGGGUUUGGUACUUACAGCUUCGAAUAUGAUGCAAAAGAAUACGAGGGUAGUUGGAUACUAACGAUGAUAACUAUUCAACAAACAUAAGUGAUUUUUGAGACAAGCAAUUACGUCACAAAUAAUAAUAUUGGAGAUAUAUUAUUAGAGUUGAACAAAGUUAAGUUUAUAAUAGGAGGAACCGGAUAUAUUCAAAUAUUCACAGUUGGAGUGUUUAGAGGGAGAUUAUCCAAGUUGAUGUAAUUUACAGAUUAUUCUGAAUCGAAAUAUGAGGAAGUUGAGGCCAAUUGUUAAAUACCACCAUUAUUCGAAGGAGAAGGUGGAGAAAUGUUAUUUCCAGAAUUGUUUACAUUCAAGGGAGAUACUUAAUCGAUAUUUAGUAUUGACUAGGUGGGUAAGAGAUUCUGUAUUUCCGGAUGGGUGAAAUAUGAUGGUAUAGAUGCAGUUGAGACAAUUUAUUAUUUGUUGCUUAGGCUGACAACCAAUUAAAAUUAUGGCAAUUAUUUGAAUAUGGGGGAUGAAAUAUUGAAGAUAACCGCCUAAUUGAAUAGGAUUAACAAACAAUAUUCCGCAUAUACUGUAGAUUCUAUUCAUUAUGCUAUUCCAGUAAAGUAGUAAAAUGUCAUGCCAGAUCCAAAAAUAUAUGCUUGGAUCUUUAUUGAUGAAAUUCCUAUUUUGUAUUAUGAUGCACUGACAGCAUGGCAUUAUAUUCAAUUCGAAUAUGGAAGAACUACAGGACCAAAGUCUCUGCUGAAUAUAAAAUACUUUGCUGGCAAUCUCGAUAAGGAUACAGAUUCCUUUGGAGACGACACUCAUCAAGGACUAUUCAUAAACACCAAAUAUUAUGCCAUCUUUGGAGACUAAAGGGAUAGGUUUGCAGCUUUAAGAUUACCUAUAAUUAUGAUGCCGAUAAGGAGUUCUCUUUUUAAUGCCAUUAUUCUUGUUCCACUUGUAAUGGACCACUAGAAAACAACUGUGUUACUUGUGACGGAGAUUAAAAUAGAAUACUAAUAGAAGACAAACAUGAAUGCCCAUGUAAUCUUGGGUAUCUUGAAAAAGACAAAGUCUGUUUAUCAUUCAGUUCAGUCUAUCCAACAUUAAAUUAUAACGAUAUUAUUUAACAUCCUCAGUAACAGACAUGUGAAUUUGGAUAUUUUAUGUUUCCAAAAAUAAAAGGCUGCAUUUAAUGGUAAUCUUUAAAUUAAUCCAUAUAGUCCUCAAUAAUCGAGUUCAGAUAUUCUCUGUGUUGACUGUCUAUUCAACUCUGCAGCUUGGUAUUUAAAACCUCUGUGUACAACUGAUUACAUUAAAUAGCAUCAAUUAAACAACGAUGAUGAUGCAUAUCAGAUAUCUUUAAGAUCUCGUAUAGAUUACGACUUAUAUGUGAUUAAUGAAGAUGAUAAUUUGUAAUUGAUUCAAGGAGCAAUGGACUUGUGUAAUCCUGAGAAUGCGCAAGAAGGGUGUUAUUAAAUUCCCUUCUAAACUCACUUGUCAGAAGAUGUCUAUGUAGCCUGUAAAGAUAAUCAUUACUACGAAAAUAACUAGUGUAAAUUCUCUGACAAUGCAUGCCUACUAACUAGUUAUGAUAAACCAAAAUGUUGGAAAUGCAAAGAUGGAUAUUACUUGUCUACAGAUAAUCAAUGUGAAUUAUGUCCAAGUACAUGUUUGACUUGUAAAAUUGAUGAUAUUCUUAAAUGUCUUUCCUGUCAACCCAACUAUGUACCAGUAGGAGCUGAAUGUAUAAAAUGUGGAUUGAAUUGUUCUAUUUGUCAAUAAUAAAUGAACUACUCAAUCAAUCAACCCUUUUUGAAAUGCUUAAAAUGUGUAGAUAUGAACAAGUAUUAUUUAUCAUUAAAUGCGGUUGAUUGCAUUGAAAAUACAAUUGAAAAUUGUUAAAUGGCAUUUGAAUAAGCUGUUGAUAAUAAUGCAAUCAAUUCUUUUGAAUAUGACUUUGUACCUUAUGAUGGAGAAGUUAUUACGAAAUGUAGUAAAUGCGAUGAACCAUAUUGUUAUAAUGUACUUACUAUGGAAUGCGAGUUAACAGAAUAUCCUGAAUGUUCUUAUUGCAUUUACACACCUGAGGAUAUGUUUUCAUGGUCAUGCUUAUUUGGACCCAGAACUUUAGAUGUUAUUCCAGAUUCAUCAUCUGAUAUAGGCCCUGACUGCUUUAUAUGUAUGUUAGGAUAGACGAAUGUUGACAUCUCUUACCUGUGUCUGAGUUGCGAAGAGGGAUUUUUUGCCAAUAAAAUUACAGGACAAUGUGAACCAUGUCCGGCAGACCUAUUCUGUUCUAAGUGCUAUUAAUAAAAUAAAUACUCUAAGGAUGAGUGGAAAACUGAGAUUCGUCCCUUUUAUAAGGCCACAAUAGAUGAUUAAUUUUAACGUCAUUCAUUUAUUGAAUAUGGAACAAGUCCAAAUAAACGUGACUAUGAAAUUGUAUGUUCUAAUUGCCAAUCAGGAUACGAACUAUAAAAUGAUAAAUGCAUACUCUAAUGUCCAGAUAACUGUCUUGAAUGUGUAUUGAUAGACAAUUAAAAUGUUUGUAUCAAAUGUCCGAGAACAAUCAAAGGACAAAACUUAAGUUUAGACAACAAUCAAUGCAUUGUCUGUCCUAUUAACUGCUCACUAUGUCGUAAAAGAAGCUAAGAGGAGAAAGCAGCAAUCAAUCCCAUUUUCAACAGCCAAGAAUUUUAGUACUCAUCGAAUCAAUGUUUAAGAGGAUUUAAUGGAAUACUUGACUCCACUUUAGGAGUGUAUGUAGAUUGCUCAUCACCUUUUUGUGUUAAGAGUGUGGAGAUCAAUCUAAAUUUAUUUUGUGAUGCUAAUAAAUUCAGUUAUGCUUUUCUGGAUUAAGAUUCAGAUGAAUAACGAAUUUUGUUCUUAUAAUCCAAUAUAUUAAUUGAUGAGUUGUUUUCACCCUCUAGUUUUAAAGAAUUUGAAACUCAAUAGUUUUAUUUGAUGGCCAAUCAAAAGGUUAUCUAAAAUAUUUCCAUUAAGAUUGUGAGCCAAGAAAGUCAAGUUUGUGUAGUCUCUGGCAACAAGAGCAUCCAACAAAUAUUUAGUUAGAAUAUCUUUUCUGCCAUAAAUGUGGAACUUCUGAUUUAAGGAAAUGGAUUUACAACAUUUCGAUACGAUAGAAGCAUAUCCAUAGUCAACUUUAAAAAUGUCAAACUGGAAGGUAUCAUAUUGAAUCCAAUUCAAACUGGAAAUAUUAAAUAACUAUUAUUUUAAAGUGCCUUCCUUUAAAGUAUUUAACUAAUCCAUAUCAAAUAUGAUUGUUCAAUUUAAUUAGAUAGAUCUUAAAUUGUUAUCAAGAAUGCUUAGAAUGUCCUUAUUGAUGAAUUUGAAUCCUCUAAUUUAAGCAUAAAUAACAUUGAUUCUUUUAUUAAGAUUGAGUAGAUUAAUCCAGAUUAAAUUAUACAAAUAUAAAACAUUCGCUUAAUGUAAUGUUAAUUGAAGUAGACAAUCCUAUUGAUGUUGAAUACAAAUGCCUAAGCUUAAGUAAAGAUAAGAAAUUUCUAAAUCAACUCUAAGUUUUUAUCUAGUCAAUUAUUAAAUAUAUAGUCAGGUAGCCUAAUUAUGGAUGAAAUCUCUAUAUAGAAUAGUGAGGUAAACUAAGUAACUAAUUUACUUCAAUUGGAAUCUUUAACUUAGAUUGAUUUUAAUCAAAUCCAAAUUUCCUAAACUUCAGUUAUAACCUCUACAAUCUUCUGUUUAAAUUAAAAAGCUCAGAUAACCAAUCUGAGAUUUAACGCAAAUUAACUUUUGAAAAAUUCUAAAGUGAUCCAAAAUUAGAAGGUUAAUGUUGAAUAAUACAAUUUUGAACUGUUUAUUUUUGAAUUAAACACUUAUGAUGAGGAUUCCAAAUUUAUUUAGAUUUAAUAAAACCUAUCUCCCAAUAAGCAUAUCCUCAUUAAUGAUAUAUAAGUAAUAGGCAAUCAAUUAACUUCACUAUCCAACAUUAAAUAAUUAGAAUAGUAGGAAAUCACAUUGAUAUAUCUAUUACUAGAACAAAUCGAAAUUACAUCCCUGAAAAUCGAGAGAGCAUAAGGUAUCAAAGAAUUUAGCUUUAUUGGCAUCAAUUCAUUAAAAAUCAAUUAAGCAACAAUCAGCUAGCAUGCCGCUUCACUAUUCUAAGGACUUCAUCAGUAUAUAGAUUGCUUAACACUUUAACAUUAUGGAACUUCUAUUUACAUUUAUGAUACUACAAGUAUAGAAUUUAAAUCAUUAACAAUUUCAACUGCAGAAUCGAUUGAUUAUCCUAUCAUUAAUAUCUAAACUUCCAUCUCUUAAGCUACGAAUGACAAUUCCAUACUAUUGUCUGAUCUUAGUCUUCUGAAUAACCUCCUCUUAAUUACUGAUCAAAUGAAACAGAUCUCACUGAUUUAAAUCACCACCCAAUAAGAAUUCUAAAUCAAUAUCAUCGACUCCAUAUUCAAAAAGAAUAUUAUGCAUCAAUAUAGGUAGAAUGAUCUCAUAAACUCUGGAUUAUUAUUAAACUUUGAUUGUUCUUAUUGUACAAUUAACAUGGACAAUGUAAUAGCCGAAUCAAAUUUGGUUACAAAUUCUACAGAUGGCAUUAUUUAUAUAAAGGCAAAAAAGAUGACACUCAAGAAUUCUAAUUUUACCUCCAAUAGCAUAUUUGAUUAUAGCAUAAUACAGCGUUAUUUAGUUUGGGGAUACAAUAAUGGAGAAGAAGUGUUUCUUGAAUAAAUAAUGGAAAUGUUUCCUAUUUUUGUGACUACUGGAAAUGCAAAACUGAUCAGUUCUGACCUGAAAAUUCAAAAUGUAGUAAUAUCUAACUCAUCUGGUUCUGGGUUAUAUAUCAGAAUGGAGAAUGAUGCUAAGCUUACGAUUGCCAACUCAAUCUUCAGUUUUAUCAGCACUCAUUUUUUAUCAGAAAGUGAAAAUGGAGGAGUUAUUUAUUUAGAUUCUUCUAAUUCAGUUUCAACUACAAUAGUAAUUAAAAAUGUAGCAGCAAAUAAUAUUUAUUGUGGGAAUAGAGGAGGCUUUGUGUAUCUUUAUAAUGGAAUAGGUACUAUUUAGCUAACUCUCCUUAAUACUUCUUUCAAAGAUGUGUUUGCUUUAUUUGGAUCCAUUAUCUAUUCAGAGUUCUCUGCUCUUACAUCUUAAUCAUAGAAUUUCAGAAUAGCUGCUGCCAAAAUCAAUAAUACUCUAGAUGGCUAGAUAAAAUUUUUCAAUAAGUUUAGUCUGGGAGGUUAAUCUCAAAUAAAAGCUUUAACUUAAUCAAGAUUUUUGAUUUUAAUUUAUAAUGCCAAAACAAUUUAAAUGGAGAACAUAGUCAUAUCUGACAUUAAUUUUGAAUCAUUUUUGUUUUUAUAAAACACAACAGCUGUUUAAAUCAAAUCAAUUUAAGUAUCAAGAUCAAAUUUCCUUCAUAGAGUGAUGGUCUUAAAUGAUAUGAAAGAGAAUUCUGCAGUUUUCAUAAAUAAUUUACAAAUUGAAAAUGUAGCCAUCCUUAAUGAAAUAGAUAUUGAAUCAGAUUGUUAAAGAGUACAAAAGAAAUAUAAUUCGCAAUAUAAAUGUCUAUCAUAGAUCAAACAAUCACCCACUAAAUUAAAUUAAAAAUAUGAUAGUAGUUCAUUAUCAAAUGCUUACUGUAUUAUUAAUUAGAUGAAGUAAUUGUUUUCAAAGGAAUCAUUGAGUAUCAUAGACAUUCAUCCUUCCUACACAAAUAUGAGUAUUUCUCAAGUGACUUUAUCAUAAAUCAAUUGCACCAUAUGUUAGAAUGGUUUAAUCAAUGUGAAUUUCAUAGACACUCAUUCAUUUCUAUUAAUCCAAACAUUAAAACUUAAGUAGAAUAUCUGUGGCCAAUCAAGUUGUGUGAAUGUUAUUAAAAUGACUUCCGUAUAAAGAUUGCUUUACAAUUUAGAGUCAUAAGUUAAUGAUAAAUAAUUUGAGCUUAAAAUAAAUGAUUACUUAUGCAAAUACAAUGAAGCAUAUGAAGGUACAUGUUUGCAAAUUAAAAACAUCAAAACUUUGAUUUAAAAAUCAAUAUUUGAACACAAUUAAGCUAUAGCAUCUGGGGGAUCAAUUAAAGUCAAUGGCAAUGACAUAUUCUACCUAGUUCAAAGUCUUGUGUCUAACAAUACUGCAAAAUAUGGGGGAGGAUUAGAAAUACAAGAUCAGAUGAGUCAGAAUAUGAGUAGGUUUGGGUCAAUCAUUUCAAAUAACAAGGCUCAAUUAUUUGGCAAUGAUUCUUCAUAAGUUCCAUCUUCAUUAUCAAUUACUAUCAAUAAAAUUGAUAUUCUUCCUAGAACCACAAUUGUGGAGCAAGAACAAUUAAUGAUAGAAUAGAUUUUAAUAAAACCAUAUCAAGUAUUUGCCAAUGAAUUCUCAGAUGCAUUUUAUGUACCUAAUGGGUAGAAGAUAUCUGAAUAUCAAUACUUUGACUGGGUUAAAGGGGAAUAUGAACCUUACAAUCUGCAUUUUAGAAUUGUUGCAUUGGAUAAACUCAAUUCAAUCUAAUAAGACUUAGACAAAACCUACUGUGACAUAAGCGGACGAUUACUAAUGGAAAGUGGAGAAAAUGAAUUCACUUAGAACUUUACCAACAUCAAGAGAGUGGAGUUCAAUUAAAGUGAUUAUAAUUUAGAUGAUUUAAUUAUCUAUUUAGAUGAUCAACUCAAUAUGACUUUAUAAUUGUAAUUUUCAUGCAAUUCUAUUUUCAUUCCAAUAUAUGAUCAGAAUAAGGAAAUCGUUAGUUAUCACAAUAAUUACUAUCUGAGAAUCAACAUUAAGACAUUGCCUUGUUAAAUGGGAGAAAUCAAAAGUUCAGUGGAUUCCACUUGUGUCCCAUGCGAUGUUGAAUAAGGUUAAUUUUCUCUCAGUGUUAAUUCAAAAACCUGCCUAUAUAAGGACGAUUCUACUACUAGUGAGAUUAAAUCGGCCUAGUUAAGACUGAAGGCUGGAUACUGGAGACCUUACUUUUAUACUGAUUAGAUUGAUGAAUGUAUCAAUUUAAUUGAAAAUUGUCUUGGAGGAUGGAAAGAAGGAGAUACCUCCUGUUAUUAAGGUCACAUUGGAGCAUUGUGUGAAGAAUGUGAUUUAUAUGAUAUAAGAGGGGAUGGACAAUUUUCAACCAGCACUAAAUAUUCAUGUGGAUCUUGCACAGAAAAGGAUAAGAAUUCCAUUAUUAUUACUGCGAUUACACUUUGGACAUUAAUCUCCAUCUUGAUUUCCGUGAAAAGCACAGUGGAAUUAUUAAAAAAGGUAGCCAUUAGAGUUCGACUUGGUUAGAAUAGAGCAUUUUCGAAUAUGCAGGAGGAUUAAUCUGGUGUCCUAAUUAAGAUGUUGACCAACCAUCUCUAAAUUCUAGCAACGAUAACUACAUUCUAGUUAAACAUGUCAGUUGGACUUGGUGAUGCAAUCAAGGCAUCAGGCAAUCCUAUGCAGACUAUGGCAUUCUCACUUGAUUGCUUCCUAAUUGAUAUGUUCGACUUCAGCAUUCAUUAUUCUAGAAUGGUCUGGCAGAUGAUUUUGCCAAUGAUUUACAUAUUUUUAUUUCUGUCGAUGUAUUUGAUCCUACUCAAAGUCAAGAAAUAAGAAUACAAUUUGAGUGUCGUCACAACUACUUUUAUUUACAUGUACAUUUUCCUUCAACCAAACUUGGUGGGUGGCUUUAUCUAAUUGAUAUCCUUUAGAACCAUAUCCAGCUAUAAAUGGAUCUCUGCCAAUGUUGCUUUUAGAUAUGAUACUUGGAUUCAUUUUAAAUGGCUUUUGGGAUUCGUUUUACCUAGUUUUCUUGUAAUAGCUUUCUUGAUCCCAGCCAUUUUCUUCUGUGCUAUUUACUACAAUAGGAAGAGACUGGAUGAUAAAUCAAUAAGGUAAUAGUGGGGUUAUUUAUAUAAUGAAUACACUCAUUAAGCAUACUUUUGGGAGAUCGUAAAAAUCAUAGAAAAAGAAUUGCUCCUUAUAUUCCUAUCCUAUUAUGAUGAAUAUGUAGUUAAAAAAGGAAUUUUGGUGUUAUUAGUUAUUUAUAUCUAUCAAGAGCUAAAUAUCAAAUUCAAACCAUAUUCAUCCCCCAAUCUGAACAGACUAGAUUCAUAUUCAGCUAAUGUUUGUAUUAUAUCAAUUGCUUUGGGAAUCGGAAUCUAUAUUGAUCAAUAGAUCGGAUCUUUAGAAAUUUAGAUUCCCUAUUUUAUCUUCCUUGCAGUGUUCAAUAUUUAUUAUUUACUUCUUCUGUUGAAAGAACUGUUAAAAGCCUACAGUAAAGAAUUGGAAGAGUAAUUGGAUAAGGCUAGGGAUCUCAUUAGAUCCAAAGCUCCUUGGACUUCAAAUUAUGCCUUUCUAAAAAGAUUACUUGCAAAUAGUUAAGAGCAAAGAACUAGAGUAAAUGAGAGAUUCAAAAAAAUCAAAAGUACCUUAAUGAAGUAGGUUAAAAGUUUGAUUCAAUUUAAGGAAGCUAUAAACAAACAGCAGGAGUCUGAUGCUGUUAGCCUCAAUGUACUAGACAAUCAAUAUAACGUCUUUUAACAAUAUAAAACUGCGAAUUCAUUAUAAAAUUUAAAAGAUGAAAAGCUUUUAAAAGUAGAAGACAAUCCAAAUUCAAACGGACAAGAAAAAUACGAUGGAAAAGUACAUCCGAUGAUUAUAGAAGCAAAUUGA